UUCAGUAAAAAAAAACUACGUUUUGCUAUACUCUUACAAUGCACAUAAUCUGUAUUCUCGUUGUUCUUUGUCUGAAUGUCUCUUAUGGCCACGAAUCGUGUGACCGGAAGGAAAUGGAAGACACAAUAUGCAGUCUUUGUUCCCAACGAAAAGAAAGUCUUUCAGGACAUCAAAUUGCCUUUUAUGCUUACAUGUCAAAAAAUGUCCCAAUCAACACCAUCUCCAAAUAUAAGACUCUGGUCUACGAUAGGGUUGAAACUAACGCAGGAAACGGAUAUGACGUAAGAUCUGGCAAAUUCACAGCCCCAGAAAGCGGAAUUUACGUAUUUCAUACAAGCACAGCUGCAUAUGACAAAUCUUACAGUACUAUAGAGGUGGUUAAAAAUGGUGAGGUGAAAGACGUCACGUUCUCUGAUGCUAUGGAUCAUAAUGAUCGGGCUGCCGCUUCGUCAAUGACCAUUUUGAGUUUGACGAAAGGAGAAAUUGUUUUUGUGAGGGUUGGCCUAGCUUAUGGAGGGAAUAAACUGGAAAGUAAUCAGUACAACAGGAUGAGCUUUUCCGGAUUUAAACUGACCUAAAGAAGGAACAUAUGUGCAUUUGCCUUUGAAAGGAAAAUUAACUUGCCAGCUAUAUGUUAAAUACGUUGGUCAUUUAUUCUUUAAAUAAAAGGAUUGAA